UCUAUAUUUUCUUUUUAGUCGUGUCUAAUCCGUAGCCUUUACCAGUAAAUGUUUACGUUUCAUGUGUUGAACAAUAUUAUUUGUAUCAACACGUUCAGUAUUAUUGUUUUUCAGUUACGGAAUGUGUGUCUUAUGUUGCUAAGCCAUAACAAAAAAUGAUACGAAAAAAACGCGGUACCAUAAUUACAAACAACAUAAUAGACCAAAGUACUCUUAACAGGGUAUGUUUUUCAUGCAUAAUAUUAUCACUUGUCUUAAUUGCAAAAGCGUUGCCGCCAGUGAUACGCGUUGGUGCCAUAUUUACCGAGGAUGAGCGUGAAAGCAGUAUAGAAUCAGCAUUUAAGUAUGCAAUAUACCGUAUCAACAAGGAAAAAACUCUUCUUCCCCAUACACAGCUUGUAUACGACAUUGAAUAUGUACCGCGAGAUGACUCCUUUCGCACCACUAAAAAAGUUUGCCGGCAGUUGGAAGCAGGAGUCCAAGCAAUCUUUGGACCAACAGAUACUCUUCUUGCUGGUCAUGUGCAAUCCAUAUGCGAAGCUUAUGAUAUACCCCACAUCGAAUUCCGAAUUGAUCUUGAAUAUAAUUCUAAAGAAUUUUCAAUCAAUUUGUAUCCAUCGCAUACUCUUUUAACUCUAGCAUAUAGAGAUAUAAUGGUGUACCUAAACUGGACGAAAGUGGCUAUUGUUUAUGAAGAAGAUUAUGGUCUCUUUAAUCUGAUGCACUCCUCCACUGAUACAAAAGCAGAAAUGUAUAUUAGGCAAGCAAGCCCAGAGUCCUAUCGGCAAGUCUUACGAGCAAUCCGCCAAAAGGAAAUUUACAAAAUAAUAGUGGAUACAAACCCGUCUCACAUAACAACUUUUUUUAAAUCCAUUUUACAAUUGCAAAUGAAUGAUCAUAGAUACCAUUAUAUGUUUACAACAUUCGACCUGGAGACAUAUGACUUAGAGGAUUUUAGAUACAAUAGCGUAAAUAUAACAGCGUUUCGAUUAGUCGAUGUAGAUAGCAAGAGAUAUCUCGAUGUUAUCGACCAAAUGCAAAAACUACAACACAACGGACUAGAAAACAUUAACGGAAUUCCCUACAUAAAGACAGAUUCUGCUUUAAUGUUUGAUUCGGUGUACGCCUUUGCGUCUGGGUUGCACUUCUUAAGUUCUGAUAGUCCCCCAAAUGUAUCCAUUAAAAACAUUUCGUGCACUUCCGAUCAAACAUGGGAUGAUGGAAUUUCAUUGUAUAAUCAAAUCAAUGCCGCUAUUACCGACGGGUUAACUGGAAAUGUAGAUUUUGUGGAAGGUCGUCGAAACAAAUUCAAGCUUGAUAUUCUAAAAUUAAAGCAAGAAAACAUUCAAAAGGUCGGAUACUGGAAGCCCUAUGCCGGUGUUAACAUUUCAGACCCAACUGCAUUCUACGAUUCUAAUAUCGCCAAUAUAACAUUGGUUGUUAUGACCAGAGAGGAGCGCCCGUAUGUUAUGGUUAGAGAGGAUAAAAAUCUUACGGGAAAUUUUAGGUUCGAAGGAUUUUGUAUUGAUCUUCUCAAAGCAAUCGCUCAACAAGUUGGAUUUCAAUAUAAAAUAGAACUAGUUCCCGAUAAUAUGUACGGAGUUUACAUACCCGAGACAAAUUCAUGGAAUGGCAUUGUUCAAGAAUUAAUGGAAAGGCGAGCUGAUCUUGCUGUAGCUUCAAUGACGAUAAACUACGCUCGAGAGAGUGUAAUAGAUUUUACAAAACCAUUUAUGAAUUUGGGCAUCGGAAUAUUGUUCAAGGUGCCGACAAGCCAACCCACACGACUGUUCUCCUUUAUGAACCCUUUGGCAAUCGAGAUAUGGCUUUAUGUGCUAGCUGCUUAUAUAUUAGUUUCCUUCGCGCUCUUUGUGAUGGCUCGGUUUUCUCCAUAUGAGUGGAAAAACCCACACCCAUGUUACAAGGAAACGGAUAUAGUGGAAAAUCAAUUUUCCAUAUCAAACAGUUUUUGGUUUAUAACAGGAACAUUUUUACGCCAAGGAUCUGGACUUAAUCCGAAGAUUUCAGAUCGAGCUCAGACAAAAUUUUUUUCGUUUAUGAAUCCACUUGCGGUUGAAAUUUGGUUUUAUAUUGCGUUUGGAUACAUUUUUGUAUCAAUCUGCAUUUGGAUUGUUGCUCGGUUAUCACCGAUUGAAUGGGUUAAUUCAAAACCACCCUGUUCAAUGGCUUGUGAUCACAUAUUGCACGAAAUUCAAAAAGAAAGUUUCUUUAGCGAGCAGUUGGAAUUGAGGAAGAGCAAAAAAAUGUCCGAAAACGAAUUGAGUUCACAUUGCAUAAUGAGCAAACCAAAUGACUACAUUGAAGAUGAUGAUCCUAUAUGUGGACAUGCUAUGAACCCUUUACCACUAUCUGACGAUGUACAGGAAGAUGGCUCGGACGAUAACACAGUGGAUUUAAUUCGAAUACAUAACAAUUUUACUUUAAAAAAUUGUUUUUGGUUUGCUAUUGGAGCCCUUAUGCAGCAAGGUUCUGACUUAUAUCCUAGGGCAACAUCUACUCGCAUUGUUGGUGGAUGUUGGUUUUUUUUCUGUCUAAUAAUUAUAUCGUCGUACACUGCCAACUUAGCUGCAUUUUUAACUGUCGAACGGAUGAUCUCGCCUAUAGAAAGCGCUUCUGACUUGGCGGAGCAAACAGAAAUAUCAUAUGGCACUUUGGAAGGUGGUUCAACAAUGACAUUUUUUAGGGACUCAAAAAUCGGUAUAUAUCAAAAAAUGUGGCGCUAUAUGGAGAAUCGUAAAGGAGCUGUAUUUGUUAAAACCUACGAAGACGGAAUAAAACGUGUAAUGGAAGGAAGCUAUGCGUUUUUAAUGGAAUCAACCAUGCUAGAUUAUGCCGUUCAACGUGAUUGUAAUCUAACCCAAAUAGGCGGCCUGCUAGAUUCAAAAGGCUACGGUAUCGCAACGCCUAAAGGAUCCCCUUGGAGGGAUAAAAUUUCACUUGCUAUUUUGGAGCUUCAAGAAAAAGGCAUAAUUCAGAUAUUAUAUGACAAAUGGUGGAAAAACACAGGAGACGUUUGCAACAGAGAUGAUAAAAGCAAGGAAUCAAAGGCCAAUGCGCUUGGAGUAGAAAAUAUUGGUGGCGUAUUUGUUGUCCUUCUUUGCGGACUUGCCCUUGCUGUUGUUGUGGCUAUAUUCGAGUUUUGCUGGAAUUCCCGAAAAAAUUUGAAUACCGAUAAUCAGUCACUGUGUUCAGAAAUGGCACAGGAGCUUCGAUUUGCAAUGCACUGCCAUGGAUCAAAAUCAAAGCACAGGCCACGAAAACGGAAUUGCCAAAAAUGCGCUUCUGGACCAACAUAUGUUCCGAGUAAUACGAGUACGCCAAAUAUGAGCGUGCACUAUAAUUAUUUUAAUUAAAUUAUUUAUUGUUUUAAUUCUACAGCUUAAAAUAAAAAAACAUGUAAAAUCA